CCCGCGGUGCGCCGCAGGAGGGAGGAUGCCGGCCGGGCUCUGCUGGCCCGCGGCGGCUGCUCUUGCGCUGCUGUUCCUGGCGCUACUGCUCGCCUUGUGUCGGCACCUGUGGGCGCUGCGCUGGAGCCUCAGCCGAGACCGUACAAACGCCCUGCCGCUGCCCAAGGGCUCCAUGGGCUGGCCCUUCUUCGGGGAGACCCUGCAUUGGCUGCUGCAGGGCUCCCGCUUCCACAGCUCCCGGCGGGAGCGCUACGGCAACGUGUUCAAGACCCACCUGCUGGGCCGCCCGGUGGUGCGGGUGACGGGUGCCGAGAACGUCCGCAAGAUCCUGCUGGGCGAGCACACACUGGUCAGCGCACAGUGGCCCCAGAGCACCCAGAUCCUCCUGGGCUCCCACACCCUGCUCGGCUCUACGGGCGACCAGCACCGCCAGCGCCGCAAGAUCCUGGCCAGAGCGUUCUGCCGCGCUGCCCUGGAAAGCUACCUGCCACGGAUCCAGAAGGUUGUGAGCUGGGAACUGCGGGGCUGGUGCAUGCAGCCGGGCUCCAUCGCCGUCUAUUCCUCUGCUAAAACCUUAACUUUCCGCAUUGCAGCUCAGAUUCUGCUGGGACUCCGUCUGGAGGAAAAGCAGUUCAAGGACCUGGCCAAAACCUUUGAACAGCUGGUGGAGAACGUCUUCUCCCUGCCCCUCAAUGUGCCCUUCAGCGGGCUGCGCAAGGGCAUCAAAGCACGAGACAUGCUGCAUGAGUUCAUGGAGAGGGCCAUACAGGAGAAACUGCAGCGAGCCAUGUCAGAAGAACACAGCGAUGCUCUGGAUUUCAUAAUAAACAGUGCCAAGGAGCACGGCAAAGAGUUCACUAUGCAGGAGCUGAAGGAGUCAGCCAUUGAGCUCAUAUUUGCUGCUUUUUUCACCACGGCCAGUGCCAGCACCUCCCUCAUCCUUCUGCUGCUAAAACACCCCUCAGCAAUUGAAAAAAUCCGUCAGGAGCUGGCAACCCAUGAGCUGUACCCACAGCACCAGAGCUGCCCCAUGGCACUCUGCCCAGCAGCAGACAGGGACAGUGAGCAGCAACUCCUUAGCACAGCCAGCGAUGCUCAUGAGGACCAGAACCAGCCCCCUGACCCCGUAGAGGAGACAGAGCUGAGGGGUGGCUGCUCUCUCCAUCUCCCAGCCCCACUGGAGCCCACACACCCCCUGAGCAGCCCCCAGCCCCAGGGCUGCCACUGCCCCCCGGACAUCAGCCUGGAACAGCUGAGCCGCUUGCGCUACCUGGACUGUGUGGUCAAGGAGGUGCUGCGGGUACUGCCGCCAGUCUCUGGGGGGUACAGGACUGCACUGCAGACCUUCGAGCUGGAUGGUUACCAGAUCCCCAAGGGCUGGAGCGUGAUGUACAGCAUCCGUGACACGCAUGAGACGGCUGCCAUCUACCAGAGCCCCUCAGGUGGCUUUCAUCCUGACCGCUUCAAUGUCACCCAACCGGAGGCUGCCGGCCGCUUCCAUUACAUCCCUUUUGGCGGCGGGGCGCGGAGCUGCAUCGGCAAGGAGCUGGCGCAGGCCAUCCUGAAGCUGCUGGCCAUCGAGCUGGUCACCACAGCCCGCUGGGAACUGGCCACCCCCACCUUUCCCGCCAUGCAGACCGUGCCCAUCGUGCACCCCGUCGACGGGCUGCAGCUCUACUUCCACCCCCUGCGGCCCAGUCGUGGCGGUGAGGCCUGAGCCAGACUGCUGAGCUCAGCCCGGUGGCGGUGCUCAUGGCUGGGCCACUACAGAGCAAAGCCCCGAAGGCCUCGUUGUUUUUCCCCUUUCUGAUGCUCAGUGCAUUAGGAAUAGUCCCACAGAGCCCUGAGCACCAAGGGGAGCCUCACCCCCCUGGGGGGGCCCACCAGCCCAGCCCCACACACAUUCUGAGGAGCAAAGCCCCAUUCCUGCCCCAGGGCUUUCUCCAGUGGGUGUGUGAAGGAAAGGCAAGAGCAUCCUGCACACCCCAUCCUGCACACCCUGUCCUGCACACCACAGCUUUCUAGAGGUGGAAAAGAGGGAAGAUGAGGGCUCUGCAGGAAAACACACACUACAUCUGCCCAAUUCACAGUAUCAGCUGUAGGUAGGAUAACUUGUGUCAAGAGGUUUCUAUUGUAAAUAUUUCAUCUCUUUCCUGCACUUCCUAUUAGAGCCAGCGCAAAUGAGACAUUUGUUGACCCAGUGGCUGUGCGUGCAGUGCCUGAGUGCCAAACUGCUGCUUGGGGCCUGACAUGCAGCCUCAUCCCGAGUCUCUGCAGGAUGCAGAGAGCAACCUGACAUGGGGCACAGACCUGUGGUGAAUAAAUGUUUGGGAAACAUUUGGGAAAUGUUUGGGGAAAUUUCUGAACAGGCCUGCUUUGUGAGGGCACAUCCCGUGCUCCUGCUGGUGCUGGAACAUGAUGGAAGGACAUCUGUAUGGGGCUAUGGUGGCUGUCACAGGGCAGCCGUGACCCUGCCCCAGCCCUGCCCUAUGUGUAAGCACUGACUGGUGGCUCUAGGGCACUGCAGUGGUGCCUGGGGCCGAGCCCAGGAGCUGGGGACACAUUUUCAGGUGGCUUUUGAGUGCCUCACUGAGGUAUGAGUCUCUCCUGCAUACAGUGAUGUGAGUCCUGCUGCUUGUGCUCAGAAUGCCUGGUGUCAGUGUCAGGCUGAAAGCCACCCUGCCUGGGCUGGUCCCCAUCACACAUCUAUGCUGGGGCACGCAGCGGGGUGCAGUGCUGCCUGCAGCAAAAAUGUGGCUCCCAAAUGUGGCGAGUCAUAUCUGGAAGAGGUUGAACCGCGGGACUGAGUUAAGUGCUGUUGGCAGCUCGACCCCAUUGUGAACCAGAGCCUCUGCCCCUCCUGACCUUGUCCUGAGAAGUGCGUCUCCCCAGCUAUCGGAAGGAAAGCGGUGGCUGCAGGUGGCACUGGGUGACCGCUGCGGGGGCCGCCGGUGUGGCAGUGACCUGGGGGACAUGAGGAACAUGAGGGACGUGUGGGCUUCAGCCACGGGAGCACUGGGGCUCCUCCAGCAGCACAUUUAAAAAUUACCCCGAGCGCUAACGAGCCCCACAGCCGCCCACUGAAACGUGUAACGUAGAUCUAGUAAAAAAAAAAAAGACUCGAAACUGAUUUUGUUUUCAGAUAAACAUGAGCAUUUACAAAUGAAGUGUAAUAAUUGUUACUUGUAAUCAAAGUUUGUUCAUAUCAGGCUGUUAAUUUCUUGACCUCCUUCCAAGAUGUUUUUAAUUAUCCCUUUCACUCUUU